CAAAGCUCUUUGUUGAGGUGUGCGUGCUUGAAGCUGUGAAGUUGAUCCACAGGAUAAUAAUAUUUAGAACAACUGUACAGUUUUAGGAUGAAAUACUCCGAAAGAAAAUGCCCUAAGAAGAUUUCUCCAUGACAUGGGUCAAAAGCCAUCCUCUUUGGGUGGCAGAUUUGGCAACAAAACGCAGUUACCGUUCUUUUGGUUGUUUCGACGUCAAGAAACCACAUGCCAUCCACAUCCAGAACAGCCUAUUAAAUUUCAGUACAAAACGCGACGAAAACAUGUGUCGAAAGAGGAUAAAAACCAAAACAGAUCAAGCGGGAACAGAAGUUGCGGUGACAUAAAUAACAUAAGAACUCUGAACAAUUUGAAAGUGCACCAAAGUAACAAAACCGUUGUUAAGAACACCAACGUGAACGAAAUCAAAUGUAAAAUAAUUAAAACCCAAAAUGCUUUAAGAGCUAAAUCAGAACCAAAUUUAAACUCGGAGCGUGGGAGAGACAGGUACAAGCACCGGCGAAAGAACUGCAGGCUCAGCGAGGAAUGGGAAGAAGGAAUACAGCAGUUCGGGUACGAGAUCCAGGACGUCGACGAUUUCCUCAGCAAGGCCACGAUUGAAAAACCAGCCAACAUUCCUGUCGUGCUGGCCUUCCCGAGCGUACUCUACCAAACACGAAUUGGGGGUUACCAAGCCGAAAUCGCGCUGCCGCUGGGAAUGGUCGUGAACGCCAUUUUCAAAAACCAGCACUGGCUGUACGUGCAGACGCCGCACGCCGAGGAGGGGUACGUCAGCUACGCUGCGUGUCUGCCGCUGGGUAUCAUCCCGCCGUCCGACAACGACGUGCCCGCCCCUUGUUGGGAGAAAAGCACCGACGUCUUCCCCCGCCCCUCCGGCAACAUGACCGACACCGAAAAAUUAAGCUCGAAGUCCGAAUGCAGCGAAGACGUACGUUGUUACAGUCGAAGGUCGCGCAACGCCAUCAGUACGUGCGAAGAACAAAGCGUCGACAGACUCUACCUGAAAGCGUUAGCUUCAGCCAGAAAAACCAAGCGACUCCGACAAACCCUUCUAGUAAUCAACGGCGACUACUACGGCAAGGAAAAAAAUUCCUUGCACGUAAACAAAGGGGAAGUCGUGGUCCUUCUAGGAACGCACGUUAAGGACUGGUUUUGGGUGCGAAACAACGAAGGACAGGAAGGAUUUAUUCCGGCGGUUAUUGCGGGGCACGGAUUUUUGUAAAUCACUCUGUAUAUAAGUU